AUGGUUCCACCGCCUCCAGUGAUCAUUGACGCUCAGGCUGUUUCCGGUAUAACAGGCUCCAUUUCUAUUGCAUGCUGGAUUAUCGUCUUUGCUCCGCAAAUUUAUGAAAAUUUCCGUAGAAAAUCCUCCGAAGGCUUGUCUCUUCUGUUUGUAAUUCUUUGGUUGGCUGGAGAUGUCUUCAAUGUGUUGGGUUCAGUAUUACAAGGGGUCUUGCCUACCAUGAUUAUUUUGGCUAUCUACUAUACUUUUGCCGAUAUUGUUCUUUUAUGGCAAUGUUUGGUUUACGGACACGGGGAAAAUAAUGCUGACUUAAUUCAUUUAUCUCCAGCAAAUCCGUUAAGUGAAGACGUUUUGGAAACUGUAUUGUCAAGAGACUCGGCUACUAGACUGGGAACCUUUGACGGUGAUGAUGAAAGUUCUCGUGAAGGUGGUUCCAAGAGGUCUACUGCCAGUUCCAUGUCCGCUGUAAGAAGUGCCUGCAUACAAUUCCUCAUGGUCUUCCUUGUCAUAUCAGCAGGCUUAGCUGGAUGGUACAUUUCAUACUUAAACGAAGCAAAGCAUCAUAAAAAGCACCCAGGAAAAGGAAAGCAUCAGCCUGAAUUAGUCUAUGAUUCAUUAGCUCAAUUCUUUGGAUGGCUAUGUGCCAUAUUGUACCUUGGGUCAAGAAUCCCUCAAAUUUUAUUAAACUACAAGCGUAAGUCUUGCGAUGGAAUCUCAUUUAUGUUUUUUCUCUUCGCAUGCUUAGGAAACUUGACGUAUGUUAUUUCCAUUUUGGCAAUUGAUAUGAGCUGGUACUAUCUCUGGGUCAAUUCGUCAUGGUUAGCAGGAAGUUUCGGUACGUUAGCGCUUGACUUCACCAUCUUCGUUCAAUUCUUCCUUUAUAAUGAAAAUGAAGGUAAUUCUGGUUACGAAGAACUGGAGACUUUAACUGGUGAAAGUGCUCAAGAGUAUGGAACAUUUUGA